AUGGCUCGCCCAGUGAAAGCGCCAUCGCAGUCGUCGCCGCGACCCCUGGCGCCCUCGGCGCCGCUAGCGCGCCCUCUAAGCGGUCAUCGGCGCCGGCAGCGCUCACCCAAGUCGCUGGCGCCGGCGUCGGCGUCAUCGUCGUCAUCGUCAUCAACACUGUCGUUGACAGCCACCGCCGCCGUCGCCGCGUCCACCACCACCACUGGGGCCCUGCUAUCGCUGGCACCGUCGCCGCCGCCGCCGGCACUGACACGGCGCCGACAUACCAACUCCAAGCUUGGCUGUGCCAAUUGCAAGCGCAAAAAGAUCCGCUGCGACGAACAGCUCCCCCAGUGUGGCAAAUGUGCCCGGGGCAAGCGCGAGGUGUGCCUGUACUUGCUGCUCUCCCAGGCGGAGAUCCAGCGCAUUCGGCUCACCCACUCGCUCCGUAACUCACAAAACAAGCUUCUCGAGCUCGAAUACCGGCUCCCGGCGCUGGCGCUGGCGUCAGCGGUGGUAGCCGGCCAGGGAGUGCUUUCAGGGGCACUGCUAGAGGCAGCUUUGGGCGCUGGCGUCUGGAAUGGUGCCGCUGUUGAUCACCACGGCCUCAGCGCCAAUAGCGCCGGCGCCGCCCUCGAAUUUGUCCACGAAGGCACUGACCUCCCCCCGCUCCCACAAUGGCGCUACGGCGAGCUCCGUUUCGUCGCUGUCGGCGAGACCGACUUUGAGUGGGAUCUGGCACUGCUGUCGGCAGCGCUGACGGCGCCGGCAGUAGCGCCGGCGAUGGUCGCACCGCUGGUGGCGCCGCUCACGCCAUUGCUGCUAGCUCCAGUAGCGCCACUGCUCCCGGUGCCGGUAACACCCUUGCCACCACUGGGAGCAACGGCGCCGCCGCCAAUGGCGCCACUGUACCCGCGCCCGGCGCCGCGCACGUUGCCGGUACCGGGCCUUGCGUUCGUGCCGACGCCGAUACCGCCGGGACUACCGGUACAAAAAGUAGCGAAGCUCGCAAUGAACCUGACCCGCGUCAUCGCCCGCGAGUUCCCCCGACCACUGCCGCCUCUCGCCCCGCAAUUUAAUGCUGCUCCGGGCCAGAUCCCGCCGCCAGCGCUGCUGGUGCAGCUCCGCAACAUUCUCCCCGGCGGCUACUACCAACCGUGCCGAUUCCCCAAGACCAAGCGCAAACCGCGAGACCACUCCUUCCACAGCCAUAGCCACGAACACCACCGCGGCAAGCUGAUCGGCCGCGGCCCAUGUCUGAUAGGGUGCUCGCAUUUCCGCAUCGGCAAGUUCUCGCUUUUGGAGCACAUCAGCGCUAUGCUCGAGCUGAACCAGCAGCCGGUCGGAGGUGAGUUAGCUUGGGGGUGUCUCCUCUAUAUCGGGGCGCUGGCGGUGCUGAAUACGUUGCGGAAGAAGCUGGUGUACCACCCGCAGUUCAGCGCCAACAUCGACUACGUCGCGUUGAGCCUGGCGCUAGGGGUACGAGCACGGAAGCUCGGGCAGCAGAUCCGCCGCCAGUUCACCACCCACAUCCAGUUGUUGGUGCUGACGUGGCACGAGUUCGCCGACAUCAAGUACUUGCGGCAGACGAUGAUGGCGUUGGGGUUCUCGUUUCUCCUCGUGGUGCUUGCCGCCGACCUCCUGUUUGAGGAGUACUAUGAAGUCAGUGAGAAGUGGGCGGUGAUGAUCAAGGAAGUAGGCAAGUUCGCCGAGGUGUUCGGCACCAACUUGCGCCAGGAGGGCGAGGACCGGCUGAUCGCCGGCUACUCGGUGCACCAGAUCGGCCACAACAUCAGCGGGCUGAGGGUGCCUCCUUAUCCGCCGCAAUUUGUGUCGGAGCUCGUCGAUAACUUUGUGCGCCUUGAGCCGAUGUUUCUGAUCCCCUUAGCUCGAUUCUCGCAGUGUCUGGCCGAGUACACCGAGCUCCAGUACGAGUACUCGCAGUUGCUCGACUACCUUCGCGAUCUAGCCACGGUGGUGACGAAGCUGGCGCAGGACAAGGACACCAUGACCGUGUACCCGUUUCCGGACAUCUGGCGGUUAUUGAAAAGCUGGCACCGCAAGGUGCCCACGGGCGCGUUGGCAUUCAACCCCAAACGCAUUGUCCAGGAUACCGACGAGCGCCAGUUCAUAUGCGACCUCAAGGCGACACUUUACAUGUACUACCAGGCGACGCUGGUGGCGCUUGAGGCGAUAUUCCCCUGUACAAAGUAUCUUUGCACCACGCAAUUCAUGGCGCCGUCCCACGACUUUUUCCGCAAUAAAGCCGCCAUGACCCCUCGAGACACCCCGUUCCACGCCCUCGCGGGUCCGCGGACGGCGGCUUCGCUCCAGAAGCAUAAUUAUUACGCCAUGCGGCUAUAUACCUUUUUCAAGCACCGCUACUUGUUGUACCACCAGUACAUCCAGUGGACCCAGCCGUUCCCCGAGCUGCUCCGCCAUCACCGGUUUAAGCUGAGGGCAAUCACCAACGCCCACGAGGUGCCGAUAUCGCUGUUCAACAACACGUUGAUCCGGCCCGAGCAUUACCCCACCAAGGAGAAACACACUCCUGUCACCGAGCACGACUCGUUUUUGACUCGUACCGACGAGACCAUGGACAAUCAGGUGUACUCUCGCAACAUUGAGCGGCUCAACUUGUUCCAGCUGAACGUGCAGUUCGAUUAUGGCACAAUGAUGCUUUUGAGCGACUAUCGGUACGACGACAGCCAGCUCCACUUCCACGAUAAUGAGUUGACGGUGGCGGGGUUUGUCGAGUUUUAUGAGGACCGGGUGUUGCUCUUGAGGGAUGCCAUGGGGUGGACAAAGCCAGAGCCAUCAUAG